UUUUAACAAACCAAAGAAGAAUUUGUAGUGAUCUCUUACAUCGUGUGAGACAUAUUAUAGCUACUAUGGUUGAGUUUUGGGUCAUCAUAUUAAGUCUCUUCUCAGGACUUACCUUUUCUUGUCUUCUCAUUUGGUAUGUCGAUAGAAACAAACAAGAUUCCCCACACAAUUUGCUCCAUGGAAGCAUGGGGUGGCCCUUUGCUGGGGAGACUCUUGGCUUCCUCAAGCCUCAUACAUCAAACUCCAUGGGAAGCUUCUUACUAGAACAUUGUUCUAGGUAUGGCAAAGUUUUCAAGUCACAUUUGUUUGGUUAUCCCACCAUAGUUUCAUGUGACUUUGAGCUCAACACGUAUGUUCUUCAGAAUGAAGGGAAAUUAUUCCCCGUUGAUUACCCCAAGGUGAUGCAUAACAUCCUGGGGGAUUACUCUUUGCUUAUUGUCAAAGGAGACAUUCACAGGAAGCUAAGAAACACCACUAUCAAUUUUGUCAGUGCAACAAAGUCCGAAUCUAACUUCCUUCACUGGGUGGAAGUGCUUGCACUCUUGAGAAUUAACUCAUGGGAUCCAAUCUCUAAACAAGUUGCUUUCUAUGGAGAAGCUAAAAAGUUUACGAUCAAUGUUAUGGUGAAGCACCUACUGAACAUUAAUCCUGAGGAGCCACUAGCCUCCAAGAUUUUACGAAACUUUGAGAACUACAUCAAGGGUUUUAUUUCAUUGCCAAUAAAUUUUCCAGGGACAGCAUAUUCCAAGGCCUUGAAGGCUAGAAUAAGACUCUCUGCCAUAAUCAAAGACAUUAUAACGGAGAGGCGUAAAUGUAAUAAUGUGAAGGCUAUGGAAGGAGGGGACCUCUUGAAUGUGAUUUUGUCAAAGCAGAACUUAAGUGAUGAAGAGAUGGUGAGUCUUGUGUUGGACCUCUUGUUUGGGGGUUAUGAGACAACUGCAAAACUUCUGUCCUUGAUUGCCUAUUUCCUUGGUGGAGCCCCUAGAGCUUUAGAAACGUUAAGGGAAGAACACCAAGAGAUAAGGAAAAGGAAAAAGGAGGGGGAACCACUUAACUGGGAAGAUUAUAACCAAAUGCAGUUCACUCAAAAUGUGAUGUACGAAGCCAUGCGAUGUGGUAAUGUAGUCAAAUUUUUGCACAGGAAAGCUGUUGAAACUGUCAAAUUCAAAGAUUAUGUGAUACCCGCAGGGUGGAAGGUUCUUCCUGUCUUGUCUUCUGGACAUUUGGAUCCCACUCUUUUUGAAAAUCCUUGGGAGUUCGACCCCUUUCGGUGGAAUAACAAAUCGACAAGCAAGAAAGCUGCACCAUUUGGAGGGGGUCCACGACUAUGUCCAGGGGCUGAUCUAGCAAAAGUGGAAACAUCAUUCUUUCUUCAUCAUCUUGUCCUUAAUUAUAGGUGGAAAAUCAAGUCAGAUGAUCCCCCACUUGCUUUCCCGUUUGUUGAAUUCACCAGAGGGCUGCUUUUGGACCUUGAACCCAUCGCAGCCUCUACUUUUGGGAAACACCUUUGAUUGCGGUUUCUGUUUUA